AAGGAUAAGCAAAGGAUGAGUGCCAACCAGAACUACGAGAAGCUACAGCUCUCCAAGCAAGACCUACGUUACUUGUUUAGCCAAUUGAGAAAUGAUAUCACUAGCAAAUUAGAUUACCAUGUACCGGGGUCGGGGCCUCGAGAUCCAUUGAAAAUGGAGGUUGAAAAUCAACUUAACCAAUUCCUUUUGGAGACAUUUGAAAUGGCGAAGAAUGCCAUGGUUAUAGACGGACACGACUUACAGGACCAAGAAAUACCAGUGAAAGAACUCUUAUCUUUAGAAAACAUGGAAGAAGUAGCCCCAUUUGAUACCGAAUUGAACAACAGUCUUCGAGAAAUCAUUGGAGAGGUUGAACGAGAAACCACCGAGAUGACUCGACUUCGUCGCGAGUUGCCCAAGAAGUCCCGUAAUGCCUAUAGCAAACUCAUCAGUGACACCGAUAUGAACGUUACCAUGGCAUUAACCAACUUGGAAACUGAAUCAGAAGAACAAGAAGAAAAAGCUGAAUUCACCAACGAGUCGAACCUAAAGGAAAUCAUCCCCCGAAUCGACCAUAUCAUCGAAGACUACCAGCAAAGUUUACUCCUGCUCAACGAGUCAAAGAAAACCAUCCCGGAAAGAAGAGCAGAGUUGGAGUCCCUUGAUGAGUCCAUUCAAUUUCUCGAAGCAAGUUAUUUGGCACAAAAACAUCAGCCUCUGGCACCCCAAAACUCGUCAAGUAUAUGAAACAGGACCUUAUUUAGUUUAGCUUGUCGUAUUCAUGAAUUUUAAUGACCCUUAACAAACUUCAAUGUAAGCAUGGAACGCUCUCGUCGGCUAGCGCAAUCGUAAAUCAUGUACUGAAGCAUCAUCAGCAUAUAGCAGCUUGGUUAGUUGUACUGCCUGAACUGCUUACUUAUCCCGACUUACUUAUGACUUAUCGCCCCAGGAAUUGCAAAAGAACGGCAAGAACGAAUGCAAAAGGCAACUACACACUUCCUCUCACCGUGCGAGUGCUGCAAAACCUUCACCACUGGAGUC